AUGAGUUUCGAUUUUGCUGUAAAAUACGAACCUGGCGAACUGAACUUAGCGGAUCCCCUUUCACGACUUUCUCAAACAGGGGAAGGUUCUAGAAGUGAUCCUGAUAUUAUUGCCUGGUUGGCCGAAGAAGUACGACCAAAAUGUUUGACUUUCGAAGAUCUGGAAAGAGCGACACUAGAAGAUGAGGAACUUCAAAGUGUCAAAGAUGCGAUCUACUCAGGUAACUGGGACGGUGCUCCCAGUGAAUUUAGAUGUACUACUAUUCGAGAUGAUUUAUCACUGUAUGGUGAAUUGGUUCUUCGUGGGGAUAGGAUUGUGAUACCGCGACAGUUACGGGAAAAAGUAGUGAAUCUAGCUCAUGCUGGACACCAAGGAACAACGUCAAUUAAAGCACAACUCAGAGCCAAAGUGUGGUUCCCAGCCAUGGAUAAAUUGGUUGAUUCAGCAGUAAAAGGUUGUAAGCCGUGUAAGAUGACUGCCCUUCCGGACAAACCUAAUCCGAUGUCACGACGUCUGCUUACUGAACCUUGGCAAGAUCUGGCUAUCGAUUUCAAAGAAGGUCUCCCUGGAGAUGUUUCACUUUUGGUUGUGGUCUGCUAUACAACACGGUUUAUUCAAAUAGAACCCAUGAAACCUGCAACUACCCAACGGGUGAUAGGAGCUUUACUAAAAAUGUUCAGUGCGUUUGGUAUUCCACGAUCGAUCACAUCUGAUAACGGUCCACAAUUCAAGUCCGUGGAGUUCCAAAAUUUCUGUGCAAGUUAUGGAAUUCAUCUGAACCUCUCUACACCAUAUUGGCCGGAACAAAAUGGAGCAGUAGAGAGGCAGAUGCGUAAUAUCGGCAAACGUGUCAAAAUCAGUUCAAUACAAGGAACUGAUUGGAAAUCUGACCUCUAUGAGUACCUAACGCUGUAUCAUUCCACGCCACAAGAAACUACGGGAGUGUCACCAGGAAAAAUGAUGUUUGGACGAGAAAUUAAGAAUCGAAUUCCAUCACUUCAGAAUUCCAUAACUCUACAGUGGGAAGCAGCUAAAGACCGCGAUAUGGCUAGAAAAGAAUAUCAUAGAAACAAAGCAGAUCUUCAACGUCAAGCAAAACAUCAUCAAUUGAAGAUGGGAGAUACUGUCAUUCUAAAGAACUUGAACAAAGGGACAUUGGAACCGAACUUUAGUUCAGAAGAGUAUGAAGUCAUCGAUUUAAACGGGGGUGAGGUACAGGUGAAGUCUAACGUUACUGGAAAGGUCUACAAACGGAACAGUUGUCAUGUGAAGAAACUGGAAGUCGAUAAAAUUCAGACAAGGCGCACUUCUACGAUUGAUCAACCCAUAAUGGAGAAGGAGCUCGACGAACAGGAUCAAAGCAGCAUCGAGGACUCCAACGAAGAAGGUAUACAAACGUUUCGAACCAUCACGACGAGAUCUAGAAAGGUUCCAAAUAAGUAUCGGGACUAUAUUUUGUAA